AUUUCUUAAUAAAUCGUUAAAAUUUAUAACAUUUCUUAACAUUAUAAUGACAAGUGUUGAUGAAAUUGUUAAGAUUUUAGAAAAUGAGGAUGCAGAAUAUGCAAAAGAUCAAGAAAUUGAGAGAAUUUUAAAUGCUUUUAAGCUGGAUGCAUAUUCUGUCUUAGAUCUUCAACCAGGAGUAAGCACUAGUAAUAUCCAAAAUGCAUUUCGUAAGAAGUCGCUUUUGAUUCAUCCAGACAAAACAAAGAAUCCUAAGGCACCGGAUGCUUUUGAUCGUCUUAAAAAGGCGGAAUCAGAGUUAAUGGAUCCUAAAAUCCGGGAAAGAUUAGAUACAGCGUUUGCUACGGCAAGACGUAUGUUGAUACAGGAACGUAAAUGGACAUUAGAUCAUCCAGAAUUAGAUACGGAAGCGUUUCAGUUAGAUGUUAGAGAAAAAACAAAAAGUGUAUUGAUUGAUGAUGAACUUCGAAGAAGAAAGGCACGACAGAUCCAAAUGGCAGAAGAGGGAAGGGAGAAGAAGCGUUUAGAAGAUGAAGCAGAGGAGAGAAAACGAAAAAAAGAAUAUGAUAAGGCAUGGGAGGAAAAUCGGGAAAAUCGGAUUAAUAGUUGGCGUAAAUUUCAAAAAGUGGGUCCUUGUAAAAGAAAAAAACAAAAACAGAAUGUUGGUGGUUAAUUAUUUUCGAUUUAAUCGGAAUUAAUCAGGAUUAAUAAAUAAAUUU